AUGCAACUGCACUGUUUAUAUCAUGGCUUGUAUUUUUGUUGGGUUCAACCAAAGUGUUUGCACGGCACUACAUUUUUUUUAAUAUAUAUAUUUCCUCAACAGGUGCCUGCUCCAUCUCGGCAUGUAACUCCUCCUUGCCUUUGCAUAAAAGACAGAAUCCUUCUGAGCCCAAAACGAGAGAUCCCUGAAAGGAAAGAUGCCAGAACAAAGCAACGACUAUCGGGUGGUCGUGUUUGGGGCAGCGGGAGUCGGGAAAAGUUCUCUGGUGCUCAGAUUUGUCAGGGGGACUUUCAGAGAGAGACCUACAUCCCAACGAUCGAAGAUACCUACAGGCAGGUCAUCAGCUGCGAUAAGAACAUCUGCACGCUGCAGAUCACCGACACGACAGGCAGCCACCAGUUCCCGGCCAUGCAGCGGUUGUCCAUCUCCAAAGGCCAUGCUUUCAUCCUGGUCUACUCGGUGAUCAGUAAGCAGUCUAUGGCAGAACUUCAGCCAAUCUAUGAACAGAUCUGCCACAUCAAAGGAGACACUCAGAACAUUCCCAUCAUGCUGGUCGGAAACAAGAGCGAUGAGUCUCUUCGGGAGGUCCAGGCCAGUGAGGGGGAGAGUUUGGCCAACAAGUGGAAGUGCUCUUUCAUGGAAACCUCAGCCAAGCUUAACUACAAUGUACAGGAGUUGUUCCAAGAACUUUUAAACCUGGAGAAGAGACGAACUGUAAGUCUUCAGGUGGGUGGGAAGAAGUCCAAACAGCAAAAGAAGAAAGAGAAGCUCAAAGGGAAAUGCUCCAUCAUGUGA